UAAUUUCGUCUUCCUCAGUUUACUUCUCUCUCUUAAAACCCUUCUUUAAAAUUUUUUUUUUUCUCUCAUACAAUCUCUCUCUCUCUUUUAUUUGAAAGUAAAGUCUCGACUUCUCUCUCUCUCACCUCCGAGAUAAACCUGCAAGAUGGCACCGGCGGUGAGGAAGUCGAGGAGUGUGAACAAGCGUUUCACCAAUGAAUCUUCUCCAGGGAAAGAUGCUGGCAAGUCUAGAAAAAAUAAGCAGCGUAAAAAGAAGUUGUCUGAUAAGCUGGGACCUCAGUGGACAAGAAAAGAGCUUGAGCGUUUCUAUGAUGCUUACCGGAAGCACGGCCAGGAGUGGAAAAAGGUUGCUGCUGCAGUUCGGCGUAGCAGGUCCAUUGACAUGGUUGAAGCUCUAUUUAAUAUGAAUAGGGCAUAUUUAUCUCUCCCCGAGGGAACUGCCUCUGUAGCUGGCCUGAUUGCGAUGAUGACAGAUCAUUACAGUGUCAUGGAAGGGAGUGGUAGUGAAGGAGAAGGCCAGGAUGCUUCAGAAGUACCAAGGAAAGAAAAAAAGCGCAAACGUGCUAAACCUCAGCUUAGCGAUUCUCGGGAGGAAGUUGAUGUACAACAUUCAGUUGCUUCCACAGAUGGAUGCCUCACGUUUUUGAAGCAAGCUCGGGCUAAUGGAACUCAGCGACGUGCCACUGGGAAACGCACACCACGGGUUCCUGUACAAACUUCAUAUAUGGGGGAUGAUAGAGAAGGCUCUACGCCACCAAAUAAAAGAGCUAGGAAGCAAUUCGAUGCCAAUGAUGAUGUCGCACAUUUUUUAGCGUUAGCAUUAACAGAUGCAUCGAGAAGGGGAGGGUCUUCAAAAGUUUCUGAAUCACCAAAUAGAAGAACACAACUUAGCGAUAGCACGCCGAUCAAGAGCUGGGGGAAUAUGUCGCGAACAAGAAAAUCUCAAUCAAAGCACUGUGACAACUCCAUUUUCAAGGAGUGGGUGGGAAGUAGCCAAGAAAGGAAGCUUGAAUCUGAUAAAGAUACUGCCUUGUUGAUGGAUAUGGAAGGAGUUAGCGAAAUGGAGGCUCCUCCGAAGGCGAAAAGAUUCUACAAGAAAAAAGUGAAAGUCGAAGUCGAAGAAGCAGAAGGUAAUGAUUCUGAUAACAAUGGAGAAUGCAGUGCCACAGAGGGGAUCAGAAUUAAAUCACAGAGACGAAAGGCAGCUAUUGAAGCUUCAAGAGGGAAACAUUCACCGCGCAGCACAAAGAAAAAAGAUAAAAAACUUACUUCUGGAGAUGAAUUUGAUGCUCUGAAAGCGUUGGCUGAAUUGUCAGCUUCAAUGGAUCCAGCAACUUUGAUGGAAUCAGGUCCAGAAUCAUCUGCUCGGUUGAAGGAAGAAAGAACAGAAUACGACAUGGACGAGAAAUCUAGCACACCAGAAGCUACAUCCUCAAGCAGUCAUGAGGAAAAAGCAAAUGCAGAACCAGAUGAUAGUCUCCUUCAUGCAAUCUCUUCUGUUGAGAAUACUAACAAGAGAAAGCCAAAACCUUCAAGGCAGGCAUCCACUGACUGUGAUGCUGUUCCCACAGAGAAGCUACAAUCCCAAACUAGUGGCAGUUUAAGAAGAAAACGUAAACCAAAGGUACUGGGGGAUGAAGCUCCAGCAGAUUUUAGUCAGAACAAAUCCAUAAACAAAAAGGAAUUGCAUCAAGAUGAGAAUAAUAUGAAGUCUUUGGUUAGAACAAAACGUGCUGGUCAAAGUCCAGCUCAGUCAAAACAGUUAUACACUGUUCAGGCGUUGGAGGAAUCUGCUACAACAAGCGAUAAGAACAGACCUGUGAUGGAUGUAAUAGCAUCAACUAAAGAAAUUUCUGAUUCGGGUCCAGCCAGUGUAUCUCAGAAACAUCCAAACAAGCGUAAGAUAAGUCUGAAGAAAAGCUUACAAGAAAGGGCUAAAUCUUCUGAAACCAUACAUAAAGCUUCACGUAGUUCCAGAACUCUUUCAGUACAGGAGUUUUUCUUAAAGGAUAAGCUUUCUGAAAUGGAGCCAGAGAUGCUAGAAAUUGUUAAGGGUUCAAAGACAAGAGCGCAAGCAAUGGUGGAUGCAGCUAUAAAGGCUGCAUCAUCUGGUAAGGAAGGAGAAGAUGUGAAGAAAAUGAUCCAAGAAGCCUUAGACUUGAUUGACAAACAUCAGCCAUUGCGCGGCUUUAAGUUCAAACAUAACGAGCACGUAAAUGGCAGCAUAGACCCAAAUCAAAAUCACAACCCAUCUCCCUCAGGCGCCUCAGACCCUAUGGCUAACAACGAUUUUAACUCACAAGAUGGUUCAGAGAAAAACGAGGCUCAAAUCCCUUCAGAGCUAAUCACCUCCUGUGUUGCCACUUGGCUCAUGAUUCAGAUGUGCACGGAGAGNGUUUCCCCAUCUUACGUUUUUAUCAUCAGGUAG